AUGGAUGAAGCAAAGGAUGCAUACUUCUGUCCACCCGCAACGCUUCCUGGUGACGUUCGACGUCAGGGCAUGAAACUCUCUAGCCUUAGCAUUGACCUCUUUACUGCAGGCUGCUUGAUUCAGAACACCUUAAAAAGAGUCUCAGAACCGUUAGCAGUCAGUGGCCGUAUCAACAUCGCUGAAAGUGUCAAUAUCCGCCGACCUGAACCGGCAAAACAACGAACUCGUGACUAA